CAAAGAAGCACCAAGUCCUGUAAUUGAGUACUUUUACUCCGGAUCAUGCCUCUCUUCGCUAGCCGUGGGAACUAAAACGGAGUCAGUGUGAAGACAAGAGUGUUUUCUUCUCAAACACGGAAGAAGAAGGCAGUCCUCAAGUCAGUGAGUCAGUGGGUCAGAAACAGACGGAGGCAUCCUGCUCCGCCCUCACCACCGCCACCACCACCACCUUCAUCAAUAUCACCGCUCCGCACACUGUCAUCUGCUAUUUAGGAAGAGACAGUCGGGAAGGAGGGGGACAGAGAGAGAGAGACGGGCUGGUAGUUUGCGCUCUCUAACUAAAACCCGAGCAUCGUGUCAGGCAGAGAAUGAUGAGUUCGGUGAGAGUUGUUACCGAGUGGAGAGAUGAAAAGCGGUCGAGGAAAUGAUGUGAGGACGACGGAAUGGCAGCUGACGGGGGAAAGUAACGACGCACAGCUACUUUAGUUUGACAGCUAACGCUCGGUCAGCUAGCUAGCAUCGUGAGCCCGGUAAAGUUAACUGUGUGGACUACAGACAGACCCGUGUUGACUCAGGAGAGGUCAAGCAGACAGAGGGCAACACGCAACGACAGCCAGAGCCAGUGGAUGUUUGUUUUAAAAAGCACAUGGCCUGUAUUAUGCUGACAGACAUGGAGCCACCCACCUCCAGUCCGACAGUACAUCACAAUGGCCUCCUACCCCCCCUCGACCCACCCACCGAACUUGAACCCGACCCAAAGCAGGAUGUAAAAGCCACCUGCCUCACUGUCCAACUUUACUACAGGGGAAAGGAUGGAAGAGGGGAUGGGCCCAGCGGUCCAGAAAGUACGCUCACGUUUCCACCCGGGGAGUACGUAGCAGAGGAACUGUGCAUCAGUGCAGCGAAAGCGUGUGGGAUAGCUCCAGUGUACUGCAGCUUGUUCGGUCUGAUGAGGGAAAGUGACCGAAUAUGGUUCCCUCCUAAUCACAUCUUUAAACUGCACCAGCCAGCCAGUGAGAGCCUGCAGUUUAGAAUCAGAUACUAUUUUCCUGGCUGGCAUAACAGUGGCAGUUCACUGUAUGCCCAUCGCUAUGGCGCGUCCAAGGGGAUGGAAAGCCCUGUGAUGGAUGAUUGUGUCAUGGCGUACCAAUUUUUUCAGUGGCGUAGUGACUUUCUCAAUGGCUCAGUACAAAUUCCAGUGAAUCAUGAAGCCCAGGAGGAGUGCCUCGGCAUGGCGGUGCUCGACAUGAUGAGGCUUGCCAAAGAGAGCGAUCAGUCACCUGUGAGCAUCUGCAACGAUACCAGCUACAAGGCCUUCCUGCCAAGGUGUGUGCGAAGCCGCAUCCAGGAAUACAACGUCUUGACUCGGAAGAGGAUCCGCUAUCGCUUCAAGAAAUUCAUCCACCAGUUUAGCGAAUGCAAGGCCACUGUGUGUAACCUCAAGCUGAAAUACCUUAUGAGCCUGGAAACGCUACUACCAUCCCUCUACACUGAGCGCUUCCAAGUCACUGACCUCUCUGCUCGAGAGGUUACCAUCGUUGUCAUGGGCAACAAGGGCAUCCAGUGGUCAAAAGGGAAAGAGGAGGAGGAAGCAGAGGAGGAGCUCCAGACGUACUGUGACUUCCCAGAGGUGAUCGACAUCAGCAUCAAACAGGCCAAUAAGGAAGGCUCUAUGGAGAGUCGCGUGGUUACACUCACAAGACAGGACAACCAGAUCCUGGAGCUGGAGUUUCAUUUGCUUUCUGAGGCUCUGUCAUUCGUCUCGUUAGUCGAUGGCUAUUACAGGCUGGUUGCAGACGCCCAUCAUUACCUGUGUAAAGAGGUGGCUCCGCCAAGACUUUUGGAGUGCCUUCAGAGCUACUGCCAUGGCCCUGUAUCGAUGGAGUUUACGAUUGGUAAACUGCGUCGCUAUGGUAAUCGCCAAGGCCUGUACAUUCUCCGCUGCAGCCCCAGGGACUAUGACAAAUACUUCAUGUCCUUUGUGGUGGGGUAUGAAACUAUGGUGGACUAUAAACACUGUCAGAUCGUGAAGACAGAGGCAGGACAGUACAUCCUGAGUGGUGCUAAGAGGAGCUUUGGCUCGCUCAGGGAACUUCUGCACUGCUACCAGAAGGAGGCGCUCCGCACUGAUGGAUACACAUUCCAGCUGACUAGGUGCUGCCCACCCACCCUGAAAGAUAAAUCCAACCUGCUGGUGUGUAGAAAUAAUCAAGGGACAGAAGUUUCACUGUCUCCCUCUAUCCACAAGCACGACAUCAGCCAAAUGGUCUUCCACAAGAUCAGAAAAGAGGACCUCGUCAUAAACGAUAGUCUGGGCCAAGGAACGUUCACCAAGAUCUUCUGCGGUGUGAAGAAAGAGCUAGGUGACUACGGAGAGGUACACCAGAUGGACGUGGUUAUUAAGAUCCUAGACAAAGCUCACCGCAACUACUCAGAGUCGUUCUUCGAGGCAGCCAGUAUGAUGAGCCAGCUCUCCCACAAGCACCUACUCCUCAACUAUGGCGUGUGUGUUUGUGGCAAUGAGAACAUGAUGGUGCAGGAAUACGGUAAAUUUGGCUCCCUCGACACCUACCUGAAAAAGAAUAAAAGCUGUGUGAACAUCACCUGGAAGCUAGAAGUGGCCAAGCAGCUAUCUUGGGCUAUGCACUACCUGGAGGAGAAGAACCUCAUUCAUGGAAAUGUUUGUGCCAAGAAUGUUCUUCUUAUCAGAGAGGAGGAUCGGACGACGGGCAACUUGCCCUUCAUCAAACUCAGCGACCCGGGUAUCAGUAUCACUGUGCUGCCCAAGGAAGUUCUGGUGGAGCGUAUCCCAUGGGUGCCCCCUGAGUGCAUUGAAAACCCCCAGAACCUGAGUUUAGCCACAGACAAGUGGGGCUUUGGGACCACUCUUUGGGAGAUCUGCAGCGGUGGAGACAAACCGCUCAGCACCCUGGACUGCUCCAAGAAGAACUUGUUCUACGAGGACAGGCACCAGCUGCCGGCUCCUAAAUGGACAGAGCUGGCCAACCUGAUCAACAGCUGUAUGGACUACGAGCCGUCACACCGUCCCUCUUUCAGAGCAGUUAUCAGAGAUCUCAACAGCCUCUUCACACCAGACUAUGAGCUGCUGGUGGAGAGCGACAUGGUGCCCAACAGGACGAGAGGCAACGGCUUCCCGUGGGCCGCCGAGAGCCAGGAGCCCGCUCAGUUUGAGGAGAGGCACCUCAUCUUUCUCAAGCAGCUUGGCAAAGGAAACUUCGGCAGCGUGGAGAUGUGCCGCUACGACCCGCUGCAGGACAGCACAGGGGAGGUGGUGGCUGUGAAGAAGCUGCAGCACAGCACGGCCGAGCACCUCAGAGACUUUGAGCGGGAAAUCGAGAUCCUGAAAUCCCUCCAGCAUGAAAACAUCGUCAAAUACAAAGGAGUGUGCUAUAGUGCAGGACGAAGGAACCUCCGGCUGAUAAUGGAGUACCUCCCCUACGGCAGCUUGAGAGAUUAUCUCAUCAAACACAAGGACCACUUUGAUUCCAUGAAACUGCUGCACUAUGCAUCACAGAUUUGUAAGGGUAUGGACUACCUUGCCAUCAAGCGUUACAUCCACAGAGACCUGGCUACUCGAAACAUUCUGGUGGAGAGUGAGAUGAGGGUGAAAAUCGGCGACUUUGGCCUGACAAAGGUGCUGCCGCAGGACAAAGAGUACUACACUGUGAGAGAGCCCGGGGAAAGCCCCAUCUUUUGGUAUGCUCCAGAGUCGCUGACAGAGAGCAAGUUCUCUGUGGCAUCAGAUGUUUGGAGUUUCGGUGUCGUCCUCUACGAACUCUUCACUUACAGUGACAAGAACUGCAGCCCACCAGCGGUGUUUAUGGACAAGAUGGGAAAUGAAAAGCAGGGCCAGAUGAUUGUAUACCAUCUGAUAGACCUGCUGAAACAGGGAUACAGGCUGCCUGCUCCUGAAAAUUGUCCAAAGGAGAUUCACAGGAUCAUGACAGAGUGCUGGAGCAGUGAACCUCGACUCCGCCCCACUUUCAAGACAUUAAUCCACAGUGUGGAGGCUGUACGCGACAGCAUGGACAGAUGAGCAGCAUCAAUCCCUGAACCUUUGACUCACAGGUGCUGACUCCCGGCAGUCGGCCCUCACAGAUCUGAACAGAACAGCGAAUGUCUUUGUGACGUCUGUGUUUGUUGCAGUGACGCCAGUCUGGAGCACGCUCGUUUCUUUUUUUCCCCUCUGCUGGUGCUCAGUAUGGUUAAGAAAGGUUUGACCCUUCUUCUAUGGCCAAAGGAAGUGUACACGUAAUCUAAUCAGGUAGCACACUACAUGUGGCUCGGACUCCAAAAAACAAAAGAUUAUUUCUGAAGCCUUUAAGGUCAUUACACAAUGGGAUGAAUUAUUUUCAUUCUGUUAUUUGGACACGUGUUACAAAUUUGGAGACAGAGAAGAGAUUUUCUCUACUUAAGUAACGUGUUGAAUGUUUAAGCCCUGAAGUCAGUAUAAUGUUGCGUUCCCAGACAACUGAGAACAUGCUUGUUGUACUUGUUUACAUGUGCAAUGAGGCUGAACUACUGGUGGUUCUCUCCUGUGCACACUCACCAAGGAGACAUCAAAGUAUUUUGGUAACUUUUUCCGUCAUGCUCGGAAGCUGGUAUGUGAAAAUUUCAACUAGUGAAUGAAACUAUGCCUGGAAUGCAGCACGAGUUCCAAAAGUCCUCCAGCAGUCAAAACUGUGUUUAUCUUCUUGUGCCUACAGUUGAAUGUUGGAGCUUCACUGUUCGACACCGGACGGCUGUUUUCACAUUCAUUUUCCAUGUGCUCGUUGAAAGUCUGAUUUUGAAGCAUACAAAGCAUUAUUUGUGACAACACAAACAGUCUGGUCCAUCCCGGUCCAGUAUCAGCAUAUAUUUGUGUGGUGUGGAAAGUUGAAGGCUCCAUCGCACGAACACUGAGAAUGGACUAGACAGUGACGUAGGACACAUCUUGUGUCCGGAUGUUAAACUUGUGAACUGAAUGAUUGUUUUGGAUUUUAGUUUUUUAGUCUUUAGCUUCCAUGUUAAAGAUUGUUGUUUGUCUCCUGAAAUAAAGUCGGACACACGUUACAGAUGUUUUUCACGCCUUAGUACAUGUAUGAAGGGGAUCUUAAAUGCUCAGUCAGUUGAUUUUGUACUUUUUAUCGUUGUGAAAUGAGCAGCAGCUCGUUUAACCAAAGAUGUCAUGCGAUUCUUACAGAGUUAACCAUCCGAUGGCACACGUGAACCUCAACGCAGCGGCCAUGUGUGGCUGAACUUGUUUCAUUUGCUCGAUAUUCUUAAGACUGAUAAAGGGCACACUGUAGGCUUGAAGCACCAGCUCUGCUUCUGUCACAAAGGGACCCACCCUAACAACCCUCUGCAGGGUGGUUUUGAGUCAGAUAGCUGCAGUUACAGUCGACUUGAUGGUGCAGCAGGGGAAGCACCCAGUUUUGAGUGGUGGUCAUGUGCUUUGACUUCACAGUCUUUCCACACAACACAGGGUCAGUAUUCAGACAGAUCCCCUCAUAUCUGUUUACAUCCUUUAAUUCAAUGUGGGAAAAAUAAUAAUAAAAUACAUUAAAGAGACGGCAAUAGCUGCUCAUUAAUGGGCAUCUACUUAUCUUAUUAUGGGCUCAUUCAGUAUCGUUGUUUUGGAAGGAAAGAAGCUCUGGAAGUUAUGAUCCUGUCUUUGUAAUUACUAAACUAUAUAUGUUUUGUAAAUAGAGUAUGAUUUCUUGCUAUUUUGUAAAGCUAUCUGCCUGUUGUAGCUGUUGUGAAAAGUUGGAGGAAAAAAGCAAAGAAAGGGAAAUGGCUUGGUUUUGUUUUAAAACUCAUUUGACCUUCGCAAACAUCUUUAUUUUAAGACAUACAUGUGUUUGUGUUACUGUGUGCAUUGUCGGCCACAUGUAUCAGCGGUCAAAAGGAAUCGCGGGUUGUAAUUUGAAUGUUUCAAACUUUAUGUGCCAGAUGUUACAGACUAAAGGGAGCAGGGUCGGUCACUGUCUGCAAUUGAAGUGAGACCGAUGAGAUAAAGCUCUCCAUGAAGAGAGAGGAAUAUUUGGAACAAAAUCUUUCUUUCAAACUAUUUAAUGUCAGUCGUCAGAGGAUUGAUGUCCCCUCAGAGCAAAGUUGUGCUCACUUACAAACAUAGUGUCAGUGUUUGUAUGCUCCCACGCCUUGAUGCCUGGGUCGUAGUUAUACUGAAGAUCUGGUUUGUGGUCUAACGGCAAGCGUGCUGUGAGUCAGUGUGGCAGUUUCCUCACAUUGCUAUCGCGCUGUAAAAUGUGUGAGUAAAAUGUUGCCCCCUAAUGGGUUGUUCUGACUCAUGCAACUAUUACUAGGAUUUAUGUGCAGUGGUGUGAGAGGGCAAAUAUGAUUAUUUUAUAAAAUAUGUAUCACUUCUGAUCCAAAGAGUCUGAGAGGAGAAAAAAAGAGGAUACUAAAGCAGAUUAAAUUGUUUUUUUUCUUUUCUGGUCAUUUUUUUUUUUUUUUUUUUGGUUUGGCACAAAGUACAUUAAGUCUCGUCUUGUCCUCAGAUGUUACCAUGCAGCUACAUUUUAUACAUUCAUGUGUAAACAGAUGUAAAUAUUGAAAAAGACAGAUAUGUGAUCUGUUCUGUGUGUAUAUACUUUUAUUAAAACAAAGUGUUUUAAUUUGGA